AUGAAGUUCAAUACUAAGUGGGAGUUCAAGGAGGCAGUGAGGGAGUUCACUAUACAAGAAGGGAGACGGAUGAGGUUCAGGAAGAACGACGGGAAAAGGGUAAGGGCAGUAUGGAAGGUGAAGGAUUACAAGUGGGUUGUGUAUGCAUCAAGGGACCACGAAGACAGUUGCUGGAACUGUGAGGCUACAACAUAUUUCAAGACGAAAUACGACUUGUCGCUCAAUAGGAAUUCUAUAUCACGGGCACUGUGUGAUGCUAGGAAUAUAGUCUAUGGGGAAGCGAAGGAGCAAUAUGCUAUGCUUAGGGACUAUGGUGAAACACUGUUGAAAACCAACCCAGGAUCCACUGUUCAGAUUUGCACAAAGCCACAGCCUAAUGGUGAGGUCAUAUUUAAGAGGAUGUAUGUUUGCUUGAGUGGGUGCAAGUCAGGUUUCAGGGCUGGCUGUCGUCCGUUACUUGGACUUGAUGGGGCUUUUCUAAAAACUAUUUUUGGGGGGCAAAUUCUAUCGGCUGUUGGACAAGAUGCUAAUCAUCAUAUAUACGUUAUUGCCUGGGCAGUUGUGGAGGUGGAGAACUUUGAGAAUUGGAAGUGGUUUCUAGAGUUGUUGCAUGAAGACCUUGGAGACUACAAGACUCAUGGGUGGAACUUCAUCUCUGAUAUGCAAAAGUACAUAAAGCGCAGUAAACUUCUGGACUAUUAUGGUGAACGAGUUUCAAAAAUAGGGACUAUUAUAGUGAUCGAUGAGGAAAGGAUUACUGCCUGCCAUGAAAGCGGUGAUGCCUGGUGUAGGCCACCGUUUCUGUGUCUGGCACUUGUGGUGAAAUUUCAACAAGCAGUGGAAGGACCUGGAGCUGAGGGGACUGUUAUGGGAGAUUACAUGGAUAGGAUAAAGAGGCUGAACGCGGACGCAUGGAGGUAUCUUGACAAGUGGCCCAGGGAGGCAUGGACGAGGUCACAGUUCAGACACAACCCGAAAUUGGACUCGAUUUGCAACAACUCUUGUGAGGUUUUUAAUUCAAAGAUCAAAGAAGCAAGGGGAAAGCCUAUACUUACUCUCUUAGAAGAGGUGAGGAUGUUUGUCAUGAGGACUAUGGCUAAAAACAAGGUGAAGUUGGACAAUCACCUGGGGCUGUUACCACCCGUAAUCAAAAGUAGGCUAGAAAAGGUGAGGAAGGAGUCCAGACAUUGGCAUGCUAUAUGGUCUGGAGAUACUGGGUAUGAGAAGUUUGAGGUCCAUGGGCGUCCUACAAACCAUGUGGUGGACUUGGGAAAAAUAUUAUGGAUUCCAUGCGUUCAUGCUUGUGCUGCACUGGCCAUAGUGAACAAGCACCCGGAGGAUUUCUGCCACAAGUUCAUAACCAUGGAGUCUUACAAGGAAACAUACAAGCCAUUGGCACCACCAAUCAAGAGGAAGCCAGGGAACCUUCAAACAAAGAGGAGGAAGGACUCCGAUGAAGGCACAAGUUCUAGCAAGAAAUCUAAGCCAGGUACAGCCAUGAAAAGACAGCUUCGGCCUUUCACUUGCAAGUACUGCUUGCAGAAAGAUCACACCAAGAGAGGAUGUAAAAAGAAAAGAGCAGCUGAUGCUGCUCAAGCUACAGCUGAUGCUACGGCUGUUGCAAAGGCUGCAGAGGCUGCUAAAGACCCUAAAAAUGCAACUGCCUAA